CAGCUGAUUGUUCUCGUUAUACCUCCUUUCAGGACGAAUCAGAAUGACCAAUUGAUUCCCGAACCGGAUGCGUCCAUUCAGUCAGUAGAUGUGGAUGCGGCAGGAAAUCUAGUUGCUGCUGUGAAUAACAAGGGAAUGUGUUAUGUUUGGAAUAUGCGAGAUGGGACGCAGCAAACUUCGCGUCUCGUGCCAUUGAUGAAGUUAUCUGCUCAUAAAAAUUACGCGCUCAAGUGCAAAUUCAGUCCGGACUCCACUAUUUUGGCGACCACGUCUGCGGACCAAACUGCGAAAAUCUGGAGUGUCGAAGAUUUCUCGUUGCAGAAAACCCUCACGGACCCGAGUCAAAGAUGGGUUUGGGACCUCGCCUUCACGUCCGAUUCUCGCUAUCUAUUUACUGGGUCGUCGGAUAAUUUUGCCAGAUUAUGGGACCUGGAAUCUGGCACGGUGCAAAGAGAAUAUGCGGGGCAUCAAAAGGCUGUCAUUUCUAUCGCGUUCCGUGAUACAGUCAUUGGUUGAUUUUAUUUUUUAAGAUGGUGUAGUUCCGCAAAUUUUUCGAAUGUUACGUGCAUAGUUUCGUUGCCAAAAAAAAAAACAUUUUUGAAAGAGAAAGA